CUGAAAGGGGAAGCCGGUCGGGACCUGGGCCUGCCUCGGGCCGCCAUCUUGGAGGGUCGCGGAGGGAGCCGGAGGGAGCCUGCCCUCGGCCCUCUUCCCUUCGCGAGGCGGCGCAGGAGGGCCUCGAGCCCCGGAGGAAGCGAUGAGCGGCACCGGUAACAAGCGAGCACCCACAACAGCCACCCAGAGACUCAAGCAGGACUACCUGCGCAUCAAAAAAGACCCAGUGCCUUAUAUAUGUGCUGAGCCCCUGCCCUCAAAUAUACUUGAAUGGCACUACGUUGUACGCGGACCUGAGAUGACUCCAUAUGAAGGUGGCUAUUACCACGGGAAACUAAUUUUCCCAAGAGAAUUUCCAUUUAAACCUCCUAGUAUUUAUAUGAUAACACCAAAUGGAAGAUUUAAAUGCAACACAAGGUUAUGUCUUUCCAUCACCGACUUCCAUCCCGACACGUGGAACCCGGCUUGGUCGGUCUCGACAAUCCUUACAGGCCUUCUUAGUUUUAUGGUUGAAAAAGGUCCCACUUUGGGCAGUAUAGAAACAUCCGAGUUCACGAAAAGGCAGCUUGCUUCACAGAGUCUAGCGUUCAACGUGAAGGACAAAGUCUUCUGUGAAUUGUUCCCCGACGUGGUGGAGGAGAUCAAGCAGAAGCAAAAGGCGCGAGAGGAGCUCCACAGCCGGCCGCAGACCCUCCCGCUCCCGGACGUCGUUCCUGACGGAGAGGCCCACCACAACCAGAAUGGUCUUCCGCUCCUGAACGGCCACGUCCCCUUGGCCGCCGCCGCCAACAACAACAACCACCCCGGCCUCCAGCAGGCCAACCGCAACCACGGACUCCUGGGAGGAGCGUUGGCGAACUUGUUUGUGAUUGUGGGCUUUGCGGCCUUUGCCUAUACAGUCAAGUACGUUCUGAGGAGCAUAGCGCAAGAGUGACGCCCUUAAGGAAACGAAACGGAACACAAACCGCCGGUUCCAAGACCAAAAUUAGCAGUAGUGGCCGGAGCCAAAACAACAACAAGAGAAAAAAAGCAUGUGGGACUCUUUGGGUCUCAUGCUCCCCCUAGUGCUGGGAUGAAUACCGUGUGAUGUACAGGUAAACGUGAAAUAGACCGGUUUGGCUCAUGGGUUUAGUUUUGAGGAAGGAAAGAAAACAGGAUCCCCUUUGGACUCAAAAGAAGAGGCAGGUAGGAUGGGAAGGAAGGAAAAAAAAGUGACCGAGGCCAAUUGGCGAUAUUUUAAAGUUACCGGUCGACAUACAAAUGUAAUCUUUUAUUUAAUGUUAAUUUUCGUAAACAAAGCACUGAAUCAUUUCCGGGGUCCUUAAAGUUCUUUGUUGGUCAACGCGGAAUAUGAAGUCGCACAGUUUAGUAAGGAGAAGGUGGCAGACAAAGUCAAAGUCAGUGAAAAGCAGAGAAAAGGAAGAACCAGGGCUGAUUACAGUGUUCCCUCACUUAUCGCGGGUGUUCCGUUCCAGGAACCUCCGCGAUAAGUGAAAAACCGCGAUGUAGGGACGCUAUACCACCAGCUCUCAACCCCUCCUCCCUCCCUCUCUUCCUCUCCUCUUUCCCCUCCCUUCCUCCCUCUCUCAUCCCUCUCUUCGCUGGAGCCACCCUUCUCCUUCCCCCCUGCUUCCCCAGUGGCAUGGGGCUCUCACACGGUCGCCCGAGGAAGAGCGACCGGGAAGAAGCCCUGGCGGAAGCUCCCUUGGCAGCCCUCUCCGUGCCCCUCGCUGGCACCACUUCGGCAAGUGGGGUUUAUAGAUCUGUGUACAGUGUUCCCUCACCUAUUCCCUCACUUAUCGCGGGGGUUAUGUUCCAUGACCACCCGCGAAAAGUGAAAAACCGCGGAUUAGGGAUGAAGUAGUCUCUUCCUCAGAGGUCCCAGGGUCCUCCGAGGAAGAGGAGGGGGGAACUUCGGCUUGGCCGUCUCUGAGGAUGAAGCUGCCGAGGGUCCACUGAGGAAGAGGAGGAGGAAGAGGAAGAGAGGGAGCCUCGGCUUGGCCCUCUUCGAGGAUGAAGCCGCCGCCAAAGAGGUCCAAGCUGAGGCUCACCCCUCCUCUCUUUCCUGCUUUUCCUUGGAGGACCCUGGGAGCUUGGAGGAAGAGGAAGAGAAGGAGUCUCGGCUUGGCCCUCUCCAAGGACAAAGCUGCCGCUGAAGAGGGCCAAGCCGAGGUCCCCCUCCUCCUUUGCCUCGGAGGACCCUGGGGCCGCAGAGGAAGAGAGGGAGUCUUGACUUGGCCCUCUCCAAGCUGCCGCCAAAGAGGGCCAAGCCGAGGCUCCCCUCUCCUCUUCCUCCUCCUCUUCCUUUGAGGACCCUGGGGUCUUGGAGGAAGAGGAAGAGAGGGAACCUCGGCUUGGCCCUCUCCAAGGACGAAGCACUGCUGAAGAGGGCCAAGCUGAGGUCCCCCCUCCUCUUCCUCCUCCUCUUCCUCGGAGGACCCUGGGGCCUCGGAGGAAGAGGGAGUCGCGGCUUGGCCCUCUUCGAGGAUGAAGCUGCCGCUGAAGAGCACCAAGCCGAGGUCCCCCUCCUCUCCAUCCUCUUUUUCCUCGGAGGACCCUGGGGCCUCGGAGGAAGAGGAAGAGAGGGAGUCUCGACUUGGCCCUCUCCAAGGACGAAGCUGCCGCUGAAGAGGGCCAAGCCGAGGCUCCCCCUUCUUCUCCCCCCUCCUUUUCCUUGGAGGACCCUGGAGUCUUGGAGGAAGAAGAAGGGGAGUCUUGGCUUGGCCUUCUCCAAGGAUGAAGCACCGCUGAAGAGGGCCAAGCUGAAAUCCCCCCUUCUCUCUCCUCCUCCUCCUCCCUGCCCAGUGGCUCCCGGGGGGGGGGGGAACCCCCCCCCAAACAAGUCUGCAAUAGGUGGGGUAAACACUGUAUACAGAGUUCCCUCAGUAUUUGUAUUUUAAUUUUUUUUUGAAAAAUCACGAAACAGCGAGUCUGCGGGAAGCGAACCACAAAGAACCAAGGGAACACUCUAUUCAUUAUUCCUUUUUUUCCUCUUACGUGGUCCCUGUGAAAUAUGCACUUAUGGCAUCUUCUGCACCCACAAGGCUGUUUUGGAUUCUGUUGAAAAGCUUCCAUUCAGUUAGGGCCACCUGCAUUGCAUUUGCUGACUUCCUCGAAGGAUCAUCAGCGAGGUCUAGAGCCCACUUUUCUUCUGGACCUUCCGAGCCAUUCCCAACUUCCGCACACAAAACACAUACUUCUAAAACAGUGUUUCUCAACCUUCCUAAUUUUUUUCAUUUUUGUGUCAGGAGCGACUUGAGAAACUGCAAGUUGCUUCUGGCGUGAGAGAAUUGGCCGUCAGCAAGGAUGUUGCCCAGAUGUUUUGAUGUUUUACCAUCCUUAUGGGAGGCUUCUCUCAUGUCCCCUCUGAGGAUGCCUGCCAUAGAUGCAGGCGAAACGUCAGGAGAGAAUGCUUCUAGUACAUGGCCAGACAGCCCGAAAAACGUACAACAACCCAAACAAAAACAGCACUGAAGUUGUAAGGAAGGAAUCACCACCAGGGGACGCUGUUGACUUAUAUAGCACUUCCACAAGGAAAUUGAACCGAGAACACAUAUCUAGAGAGGGCCAAUUUGAGAAGGAAUUUUCAAUGAAUGCCUUUGGCUCGAUGGAAGCGAUGUUGUGAAAUUGGUGACCUUGAUCGACAACAAUGUUUUUGCUUUUCUUUUCAUGUCUUUCCUUUUUUUCUGGAAGGAAUGAGGGUUGACCUUCAAAAACAAGACGUUUCUGGCCCGCUCUCGCUUGUUUUUAGGACCUUUUGGUCCUGCCAAAGUAUGGGAGAGUCAUCAUCUUGAGGGCUUUUUGGUCCUGGUAAAAGCAUGGGAGAGCUGUCCUCUCCAGAAUACAAAGGAAUGGACAACCUAUGAGCCUUUGUGACCUCGAGAGUUUUUUUUUUUUAAUUACUAACUUGGAGACCUGGCGCUGCCUGGGUAAUUUGAGAAAGGCAUUGUGUGUCAAGGUUGGUCUUGAUCAAUUAUUUAUAUGGCUCGCAGUGGUCUCAGCAAGUUAGUGAAGGUACUGCAAGUCCCAUCAUCUAUGGUUCAUCCUCCUCCAAACAACACUGGGGUGUAGAGUGGGUCAUGGGGGCUCUGUGUGCCAAGUUUGGUCUUGAUCGGUCAUUAGAUGAGGGUUGCAGCCAUCUUGGGUAGGGAAUGAAGGUACCUGAAGUCCCAUCAUCCAUGGUCUGUCCUCGAAAGUACACCAGGAUGUAGAAUGGGUCAUGGGGGCUCUGUGUGCCAAGUUUGGUCUUUAUCAGUCUUUGUUGGGGACCACAGUGGUCUGUGGGAACCAAAGGGUUGGAAAGUACUACACAUCCCAUCCAUUGUCUAGCCUCCCCCAAGCCUUGGGGGUACAUAAAGGGUGUCAUGGGGGUUAUGUUUGCCAAGUUUGGUCUUAAUCAGUCAUUGGAUGAGGAUCGCAGCAGUCUCAUCAAGCGAGUGGAGGUACUUCAAGUCCCAUCAUCCAUGGUCCACCCUCCAGUAGGACGUAGAGUGGGUCAUGGGGCCGCUGUGUGCCAAGUUUGGUCUUUAUCGGUCUUUGUUGGGGACCACAGUGGUCUGUGGGAACCGAAAGGUUUGAAAGUACUACAAAUCCCAUCAUCCGUUGUCCUUGAGUUUUGGAGUUGUAGUUCACCAACAUCCAGAGAGCUCUUGAACUCAGACAAUGAUGGAUCUGGACCAAACUUGGCACGAAUACCCAAUAUGCCAAAUGUGAACACUGGUGGAGUUUGGGGAAUAUAGACCUUGAUAUUUGGGAGUUGUAGUUGCUGGGAUUUAUAGUUCACCUACAAUUAAAAAGCAUUCUGAACUCCACCAAUGAUGGGAUUGAACCAAACUUGGCACACAGACCUCCCAUGACCAAGAGAAAAUACUGGAAGGGUUUGGUGGGCACUGACCUUGAGUUUUGGAGUUGUAGUUCAUCAACAUCCAGAGAGCACUGUGGACUCAGACAAUGAUGGAUCUGGACCAAACUUGGCACGAAUACCCAAUAUGCCAAAUGUGAACACUGGUGGAGUUUGGGGAAUAUAGACCUUGACAUUUGGGAGUUAUAGUUGCUGGGAUUUAUAGUUCACCAACAAUCAAAGAGCAUUCUGAACUCCAUCAACGAUGGAAUUGAACCAAACUUGGCACACAGAACUCCCAUGGCCAAGAGAAAAUACUGGAAGAGUUUGGUGGGCAUUGCUCUUGAGUUUGGGAGUUGUAGUUCACCAACAUCCAGAGAGCCCUUGGACUCAAACAGUGAUGGAUCUGGACCAAACUUGGCACAAAUACCCAAUAUGCCAAAUGUGAACACUGGUGGAGUUUGGGGAAUAUAGACCUUGACAUUUGGGAGUUGUAGUUGCUGGGAUUUAUAGUUCACCAACAAUCAAUUUGCAUUCUAUACCCCACCAACUUUAGAAUUGGGCCAAACUUCCCACACAGAACCCCCCAUGCCUUGAAGGAACUUGCUGGUGUGAACCUCCCUCCAGCCUUGCAUGCUCUCCUUUGCCCAGACAUGUGCACAGCUUCUAUGUUCCAAGCACGCCUGCUCUCCCCUCUCCACUUGGAUUCUCAGAAACAGCCCUCCCCUUGGCUGAGAGGCUGGCCAAUCACAGCAGAGGAGGGCUUUUGGUGGGAGGAUUCGCCAUUUGUUUCCAAAAAAGGAAGAAAAGGACAGGCGGAGAGAUUGUCAGCAUUCUCCGCCAAAGGCAUUCCUAAGACCAUCUGUAAUAUAUGUUUUCUGAUGGUCUUUUGCUACCCCUCUGAAACCCCCUUUGUGACCCCUUAGAAACUGUUCUAAAACACGUGGACAAACAUGGAAGGCUAGUGAACUACACUGCCUCUGAAGCAAAAGGUGGCAUUUAAAAAAUACUUCUAAUACAAAGGUAUGCAGAUGUGGAAAGCUAGUGAGUUGCAUUUCCCCAAAGGAUACUUUGGCUGCUCGAAAUCCUUCCUAGGGAAUUUGGUUGCUCGAAAUCCUUCCUAGGGAAUUUUUUUAGAGAGUGAAAAAUCCCUUCCUGAUUUUUUCUUGGAUGUAAAUUGACCUGGACUUCCAAAAACAUGGUGUAAUGAUCACUCGCGCUAUCAUAUUUGGAGACAUUUUGGAACCAAUUUGCUAAAAACAACACCCUCGGAUGAUGCAAAAACUGCUCUCCCGCCUCCGUAUGACUUACAGACAUUUCUUUACAAGUAUAAAACCUCCUUGUUCCAAGAUUAAUUUUUGUUUUAAGCAUAUAAGACCCUUCUUAUCCACCCCUUAAAAUAUGUAUAUAAUCUAGGGAAUCAGUUUUAGAUUAUUAGUAUUAUUAUUUCUGAUUCUGUUGGUGAUUUCUUUGUGGCAGAAGACGACAGGAAAGAGCGGAAAGCCAAAAACAAACCCAUGAGCCACGUAGCUUUAGAUAAUCAGUGAACUUGUGCUUUGACCAAUUUCUCUGCGAGUAGGUAUGGAUUAGUUGAGAGUAAUAGGAUGGAUCCAUACAACGGAGGAGGCAAGACCUUUUGGAGCGGGAGGGGGGAAGACGGGAACGAUUUUAAGACCUGUAUUUAUAAAACACUUUGGAAAUUU